AUGAGCGACGGCAACCUCGACCCGACGCUGACUGAGGGUCUCGCGAACCCGUAUCUGGUGUACCAGCCCUCGUUCGCCUUCAGUCUACCCGUGCAGCUGCUUGUAACGGGCAUCACCUUGACUCUUCUCGUCGUUCUCCUCUGCUGUCUUCUCUUAUCACUAUCCCCUCGCGCCACUGAACUACGGCCUCCAGCUAGCCAGUAUCAUCACGGUGCUCCUGAGCCGAACACGUGGCCGUACGCGCUCGACUAUGUCGCUGUCCCCAUCCCCGCCGAGGACUGGAACAUUGGCGAGGAGGCCGCCUGGCUCCUCCUGCAAUGCAUCUGCAACCUGCUUGCGAAUCUCACGCACAUCCAAUUCCUGACGCUGCUGUAUCCGUCGCGCGUCGAGGCGCGCAUGAUCAUUAUCAUCCUGGGUCCCAUGGCGCUGGCCUCAUCGGGGCUGUACUUCUGCACUUUGUCCGGCACCCGCAUGGUGGGGAACACGGACAUUCCCGUGCGCGAUCUAGGCGACGCGAUCCGGAACGUGCUCAACAGUACUCUGCUGCUCAUCUUUGGCCUCUCCCUCGCCAUCUGGGGCUUCUUCGUGAACCGCAACCGCGCCUGGCGGCUUGACGGCGGAACGGCCGUCUUCGGGGCCGGCGCCCUCGUGCUCGCCGUGGUCACGACGGCCAGCUCCUUUGUGGCCGUGAAGGAGGAGGGCAUUCCCUGGCUGCAGCACCUGAUCUGGGCGGCUGUGCUGUGGCAGACCUGGCUGGGAUGGUGGUGGUGGGUCGGCGCGGGCAUGGGCAUCGGCGAAGUGGAGGACAUCAUGGAGCGCGCGCUGCGCAAGCGGCGCAAGGCGGCGCGGCGCGCGCACCGGCGCGACGUCAUCAAUUCCCAUACACACGGGAACGCGCAGAAGAAGCACCUCAGCGCGAAAGACGUGGUCAAGAACGGCACGAAUGCGGUGGUUGGGUUCACGUCGUCCUUGCACCAUCUCGUAAACUCGUCGGGCAGCCACGGGUCCGGCGGGUCCGAGACGCGGCGCAGGCGGCACGCAGACCCGGAUCGCGAGCCCGACGUCGAGGAAGGUCUCGAGGGCAUCGAGCUGGGCAGUGUGCGGAUCCAGGAGCCCGUGCGCUCCGAAGGCAGCGGGAGCGGGAGCGGCGGCGGCGCGCACCCUAGCAGUAACAGCGAAACAUCCUCCACGUCGCGCACACCCUCCCUGCAUCCGCCAAAGACGCUCUCCGAGCUCGUGGCCUACCCCACGACCUGGCUGCAGGUCUACUUCCGCCGUCUGCGGAAGGAGCACGAGGAGGCCGCCCGUCGGCGCGCCGUGGAACAGGCGCAGCGCCGCUCCCGUGUCCCAGCCAUACACGGAGGGCAACAACCGCGCGUGCUCGACGAACCCUCCGGAUGGGGACUGGGCGCAUACGGCCUGCGCGAGGCGGAGGAGUCGACGAGGAGGGUGCAAGAGGCCAACAGGCAGAUUCGGCAGGAGGCUUUGCUCCGCGCCAACUCGAAGGACAGCGAUGCCUCUGACGGGAGCGGGAGCGGCGGCGGCGCGCACCCUAGCAGUAACAGCGAAACAUCCUCCACGUCGCGCACACCCUCCCUGCAUCCGCCAAAGACGCUCUCCGAGCUCGUGGCCUACCCCACGACCUGGCUGCAGGUCUACUUCCGCCGUCUGCGGAAGGAGCACGAGGAGGCCGCCCGUCGGCGCGCCGUGGAACAGGCGCAGCGCCGCUCCCGUGUCCCAGCCAUACACGGAGGGCAACAACCGCGCGUGCUCGACGAACCCUCCGGAUGGGGACUGGGCGCAUACGGCCUGCGCGAGGCGGAGGAGUCGACGAGGAGGGUGCAAGAGGCCAACAGGCAGAUUCGGCAGGAGGCUUUGCUCCGCGCCAACUCGAAGGACAGCGAUGCCUCUGCAAGUGAGGGGGAGGGGGACGAACCGAGGCGUACGCAUCGGCACGAUUCCACGCGCAGCGCACGUUCCGCACGCAGUAGGCGGGAAUCCGCCGAGCGCGCCGAGCGCGCCGAGAGGGCGGAUAGACUGGAGCGCGGCGGCAUCGUGCCCGAUGAUGAGCUUAGGGGAACAGCUAGUCGGCGCACAGAGGAUACGCAGUUUACGCACGAUACGGGCGCCAGCGCCGAGACGGGGGACACGGAGCUCAAGACGGAGGAUGACGAGGAGGUCGUUGGGGAACUGGUCGAGAGGCCGGAGGAGAGGGGGCAGUGGGAGGAUAUCUCCAGUGAUGAGGAGCAAGGACGCGAAAGGGAUCGAAGGAGGGAGAGGGAGAGAGCUAUAAACCCCGGUUGGAGCUGGUGGGGUCCGCUCCGGGAGUGGAGACUUGUGGAGCGGAAUACGUACUGA